AUGCUUUGGCCGGCGCAUCUUCAAAGUUUUAAUCCUCUUUUUAGUAAUAACCCUCCUACCGACGUCUCCAAGAACCCUGCCGAGAUUCAUGGCAUUGAUCAAUGCGGUUAUGGUUCCUCAGAGUUUCGGAAAAGGAAAAAAAGAGAAGAAAUUGAUUCUGAUGGCUUGAAGAAACGUAUUCAUGCCGUUGCUGGUGACUGGGAAAAUUCUGUUGGCUCCAAUGUCAUAAAACAAUUGGCUGGACACCUUGGUUUGACCGAGGACUCUACAACAGAUGAUGAUGUGAUCCGUAUUUCUGAUGAUGAGCUGGAUGAUAACCUUACCAAAGAAAAGGACACUGAAGAGUUGAAGAAUAUUUUCAACCUUUUGGACAAGGAUAAAGAUGGUUACAUCACCACAGAGGAACUGGUCUUAUUGGGUGAGUCUCCCUUUAAAGUCCAGAGUAUGAUCGAUCGGGUCAACCCGAAGCUGGGAGGAAAAAUUGAUUUCCCGGAGUUCUUGAAAUUGAUGGAUUCCUCCGAGGAACAACUUAUUAAAGAUUUUGAGGAGUUUGAUAAGGGUCAAACUGGCUUCAUUUCCGCCGAAGUUCUUCGUUAUGUAAUGACAAGCUUUGGGGAGGAGAUGACUGGUGAAGAAGUUGAUGAGAUGAUUAAGGACGGUGAUGCGGAUGCUAAUGGUCAAAUCAAUUAUAAGAAGUUUUUGAGGAAGAUAUGUGGUAAUUAA